ACCCGGUGGUUGGUUCAGUCUCAGACCGGUUCAGACCUGAUGCCGUAAUGGCGGCUCCUCGGACUUUCUCCGUCUCUCUUUCUGCUUUCUUUUUAUUUUUAUCUUUCUCUUCUUCAUCUUCAGCCAACAAAAGAACAAACCAGGAGCGUUGCGCUUUGAAGGUCCAGUCUGGUGCAGACGGAGCAGGAGGUCGGAGGUUACCUGUUACCUUCAGAGCCGACAAUUGCUCUUUAAACUGCCCGUUGGGGAAACAUGUGAUCCAUGAGGUUACCAAUGUGUCCUUCAGUCAUCUGGCCUGUGACGAUCAGGCGGCCGUGGUGGUACACUGGUCCGCCAGUCCACUAGGGAUCGAACACAUCCGAGGAUUCAGGGUUUAUUUGGAGGACAAGAAUCCAGAUGUCAAACAGUGUCAACAUCUCCUGCUCAAAGAACCUCGACAGCUCAACUUCUCCUACAGGAACACGAAGCUGAGCAGUCAGCCGUUCACAGGCUUGACCUUUGACACCGACUACAUGCUGCGCGUGGUUCCUUUCCCGUCCCUGAUGAACGAGAGCUUCUUCGCGCCGUCAUUUCUCCGGACCAACUCCUGUGAGGUUCUGCUGGGGUCCGGCAGCCUGGUGUGUAAGCCUUUCUGGCGGCCGAGGAGCCUGAACGUGUCUCAGCUGGGUUCAAACCUCCAUAUUGCGUUCGAUCAGGCUCCGCCCUCCUUUGGCUUCAGCCUCUACUACCUCUACUACAAACUGCGACAGGACUCUGCCUUCAGACUGCAGCGCUGCAAACCAGAUGUAAACCAGCCCAGAACGACCUGCAUCCUCCAGGAUGUCACUCCGGGAACCUACGCUAUAGAGCUGAGAGAUGACAGUAACACCACCAGGAGGCAGACUCAGUACCACGUCAGUCAGGUCCAAUCCCCCUGGGCGGGGCCUAUCCGUGCCAUGGCCAUCACCGUGCCACUGGUCAUCAUGUCAGCGUUUGCCACGCUCUUUACCGUCAUGUGUCGCAAGAAGCAACAAGAAAACAUCUACAGCCAGCUGGACGAGGAAAGCAGCGAGUCGUCCAAUCAGAGCACAGUACUGAGUGCGGAGCGUCUGUGGCCCCGCCCUAAAGUGUUUAUCUGUUACUCCAGCAGAGACUGUCCCAAACACGCCGCAGUGGUCCAGAGCUUCGCCUUCUUCCUGCAGGACUUCUGCAGCUGUGAGGUGGUGCUGGACCUGUGGGAGCAUCUGGAGAUGUGCAGAGAAGGUCAGAUGUCAUGGCUCAGCAGACAGCUGGAAGAUGCCGAUUACAUCAUCACCAUCUGCUCCCGAGGCCUGCGGUACUACGUGGAGAGGAAAAGCCGGCGGGGAAAGACGCCGGUCAGUCGUCGCAGCAGCAGUUCUCCGCUCGGCGGAUCGGGCGGUGACUUGUUCAUUGUGGGUGUGGCUAUGAUUGCAGAGAAGCUGCGGUUGGCUAAGCAGAAUGAAGGGGGAGGGGUUCAGGAGCUGAACCGCUUCAUGACAGUUUACUUUGAUUACUCAGCAGAGAAUGACAUUCCCACCACGCUGACUCUGGCUCACAGAUUUAAGCUGAUGGACCAGCUGCCUCAGCUCCUCACUCGCCUCCACUCCGGACUUGUUCCUCAGUCUGAUGGUGAGCAGCUGCCAAUCAGUGUCUCCAGGAGGAACUACUUCAGGAGUAAGUCUGGACGCUCGCUCUACGUGGCCAUCUGCAACAUGCACCAGUACAUCAGUCAUAACCCAGACUGGUUCGAGCAGCAGCUGGCCCCCACAGGAGCCGCCUCCUCUCCGUCACCUCCUACCCCUGCGCCGGCUCCAAGUCUCCCCCCAAAGUCUUCCUGCUCUGCCUCGUCUCUGCCCAAAGAGCGGCUGGAUUCCGGAUUUUCGCUGAAUGAGGUGUUGGUGAGGACGCCAGCACUGGAUGGUGAAGACGGCGUCUCACUGAGGAACAUGCUCCUUCUGGCUCCCAGGUCCAGUCCCAGUCCCUGUGCCUGUCCGAAUCCCGGUGCCUGUCCGAAUCCCGGUGUCUGUCCGAAUCCCGGUGCCUGUCCCAGUCCAGGGCUGCCACAGUGUUCUCAAUCUGUGCCAGGACCUGCCUCCAGGUCCACUUCUGGAACAUCUGCAAAGCCCGCCUCCCGCUCACCUCCGCCCACCCUCCCGGAGGGCAUCUGUUCCCUCCCCCCACAGAGUGAAGAUGGCCGGCCGCCCCCGCCUGAGGUCCCACCUCCUCGGGAUUCUGGGAUCUAUGAUUCUUCAGUCCCAUCUUCGGAGCUCUCCAUCCCUCUCAUGGAGGGGCUGUCACCCGACCAGGUGGACUCCUCCUCCUUGGCUGACAGUGAAUCGUCAUCGUCCGGGCUGGGUGACGAGGAGCUGCCUGCCAUCACGUUGCUCCGCUGCAGCGCCACCACAGUUUGCAAAGCUGAGCUCCAUCACCAUCACCACCUGGAGUACAGUGACGGAUUUGCACCUGUGGCAUCACUGUAGAGCUUAUCUGUGACCAAUCACAUGAAGAUAAGUCAGUGAUGUCACUGGAGUGCAAACAGACCUGUCCGUCAUCCCGCUGUGAAGGAAACGGCUCUGUGGUCUCUGUGGUAACCUGUGAGACAACUUUUCACUUUUAACAAUGGUUAACACUACACCUGACAACAGUGGUAUGUGGUGAAUGUGGUAACCACUGAGUUCAUCAGAAAUAUUUUUCUUUUAACUUUGGUAACCACUGCUUGUAGAACUUUGUCCCUGGGGACCAUGGCAACCAGUUUCCUUCUUGAACAUGCCUUCCUUGUAACCAUGGAAACACUUGCCUGUUGGAACACUAGUAACUGGUAACCAUGGGAACCCUUGCCUGGUAGGACACGCCUCAUUGGUAACCAUGAAAACACUUGCCUGAUAGGACACGCCUCAUCGGUAACUAUGGGAACACUUGCCUAGUAGGGCACUCCUCACUGGUAACCAUGGGAACACUUGCCUGAUAGGACACGCCUCAUUGGUAACCAUGGGAACACUUGCCUGAUAGGACAUGCCUCAUUGGUAAUCAUGGGAACCCUUGCCUGGUAGGACACGUCUCAUUGGUAAUCAUGGGAACCCUUGCCUGGUAGGACACGCCUCAUUGGUAACCAUGGGAACAACUUGCCUGAUAGGACACACCUCAUCGGUAAUCAUGGGAACACUUGCCUAGUAGGGCACUCCUCACUGGUAACCAUGGGAACACUUGCCUGAUAGGACACGCCUCAUUGGUAACCGUGGGAACACUUGCCUGAUAGGACACACCUCACUGGUAACCGUGGGAACACUUGCCUGAUAGGACACGCUUCAUUGGUAACCAUGGUUAUAACCAUUUUAUACAAAAGCCGAGUUUUUUGUUCUGACUGGAGGAUUUUUGUGGACAAGAAGGACCCAAACCAUUGGGUCUGGGUUCUCUGGUUCUGUUGUCCUCAAAGACUGUGAAUGAAUGAGGACGUUUUGGAUGACAAUGAAGACAUUCUGGGGCAUAAAAGGUCAACAGAUGUCACGUCCGUGAACUGUGUUGUUUAACAAAAUGUAAUUUCUCACUUUUGUUUUUAGACAGAAAACAUUUUCAGGUUUUUCAG